CCAUUUUUGAAAUAAAAUGUGUAUAUAAUGUAACGGCUGUUCUUUUGAGAUUACUUGUCUUCUCUCACUCUAUUACCAGCCAUGUCUGCGGUGGAGGUGAGAGUUCCAAACUUGGAUUGUCAGGGAUGUGCUUCCAAGCUUAAGAAAGCUCUUUUCAAGCUGAAAGGAGUUGAAGAAGUAGAAAUUGACAUGGAGAUGCAAAAGGUCAUGGUGAGAGGUUAUGCUUUAGAAGAGAAGAAAGUCCUCAAAGCAAUAAAACGGACGGGUAAAGCGGCUGAACUAUGGCCAUACCCGGGUCACUCCCAUUUCGCUUCAUUUUACAAGUACCCGACCCACAUUGCCAACCAAUACUAUUACGACACGUCAUCAAAAAACAACUAUGCACGACAUAAUCUACACGCCUUCUUCAACACUCCGUCGGCUUACUCAGCCGCCAUUGCCUCAGAUGAAGUCGUCGCCUCCCUCUUCAGUGAUGAUAACCCUCAUGCAUGUAUGAUCAUGUGAAUGUGAUUCUAUUAUAUGGAAAAAAAAACUCAUCUGUUUAUUUAUAUUAAUAUUUUUACAAAUUUAUAAGUUUAAAUUAAAUGUAUUUUUUAUGUGCUAAAUGCAUUAUACUAAUUGUGUGAUUUGAUGAAAAUGUUUAUCUAAUUAUUGAUGGGGAACGAAAAUUGGUGAGGACGGAGGUAGAUUGCGAAGUGGGGAUACAUUGUUUACCUAUCUAGUCAUUAUUUUUUAUUUUUUAUUUUUUGUCAAUUAAGUCAUUUUCCCCGAUUUUAAACGGUUUCCUGG